UGGAAACCAGCUGCUGGGAUGAUGCUAAGCGGAACUGUUUGUCAGUUUGCAGAAAAUUGCGAAGUUGAUCUACUAUUGCUCUAAGGACUUUCUCCUGAUAGAGAAGCUGAUGCUUCGUCUCUCUUUGAAGGGUCAUUGUUUUCAGAACUGGAAAGCCUUUUCUCACCUUGCUCUUUUCACUGCUGGUUUCACUUGGACAGAAGGGAUUCUUCCACUGCAAAGGGUGGAACCCAAGACGAAUAAAGCUUGCUCUAAUUUCAUCAUUCCCGUUUCCAAGAGAAACUCAUAAGAGAAAAGAGGAAGACACCUCCCCUUCUCUACUGGCCCAGAAACACUAUGGACCUUCAGACCCAACUAGAGCAUGUGACUGAGAAGAACUGGAGUAAAGAGAAGAUGGAACUGUUGGAACGUUUUGACAGUGAAAGGAAAGAAUGGGAAUGCCAGUGGAAGGUCAUGCAGAAGAAAAUUGAAGAGCUUUACCAGGAGGUAAAAUUAAGGCGUGAACACAAUAUGAAUAUCUCUGAGAAUAAGCCCAUUCAUAACAAGGUGGAGCAACAAUCUUGUUCCCCCACUUUGGAAUGGAGUGAGGCACCAGGAUUGAACAGUUGUUCACCAGAUAAAGAGAGUUUGCACAGCAAAGCUGAAAAGGAAAGCAAGGGUGUGAGAAACAAAAGGAGAAACCACACUUUUGCAAAAGAACAACUCACUUUUGAGAACUCUAAGGAAUCCGAAGACUGUGUAGGCCUGAAAACAACAAAGAAUUAUACUCAGGAUCUCAAUAUUGCUCUUAAAGAACUUGCUGAAGUAAGUGAAGACUUGUGUACCUAUCAAGAAGAAAUCCGUAAGAAAGCCAACCAUAGAAGAAAAAAAAUGUUUCCUUUCAUUGGAGAAUCUGUUGAAAGUGGGAAUGCACUGAUUACCCAAGAGACAAGCCCUGCACAUUACAAGAACCCACAACUAGCUUCAGUUCCCUCUGAGACAGAAAAGCAAAAUAACAGAAAGAACCUGAUUAGCACCAACAGGUGUUUGAAGGAGAUGCCAUCUACUGCUCUUUCUGGGGUUGAGGAAACCAGCUUUUUGCCAUGGCAAAAACAAGAAGCGCCUCCUGUUCCCCCCAGAAGCACCUCUCGGCAUUUGACAAGCUCUCUUGCAGAAGUUUCCGAAGCAUUAGCUAAACAUGCUGAGCAUAGAAAUAACUGCAAAACACAGGAGCAUCCAGAUGGAAAUCCAUUAAUUUAUCCAGCUGCUCCACUGGCAAUGACAGAUGAAUGGAAAUCUCUUAAUGGGCCUACAGAAAAUCAGGAUCAGUAUCUCAACCAUAAACUUCCAGCAGGAAUUCUUCACAGUGCAUUGUCUUGUGAUGCAAGCCGAAUUGGAAAUGGUCCUGAAAAUGGCUCUUCCCCACGUGCUGUCCAGAAGUACUCUUUUGAUGGAAAUAUGGUGUCCACAAAACAGCAUCCCAAAUUUCAAAGCAGUGUACGUUGUGCCAGUAAUCCUUUUACUGCUGCAUGUGACACACUGGAUGAUUCUGGAUAUGAAACUGGAAAGACUCAACGCAAUGAAACACUGGAAGCAAAAAUUGAUGAGUUCAACCGAACUGUAUUUCAUACAGAUAAAGGUAAAAAAUGUUUGCUGCAGAACCAAACACCGUUAGUACCGUCUGGAGUUCCUAAGGCCCCCUGUGGACUGCAGGACUGUCUGAACAGCAGGACACAAAAUGAAGAGUCAACUUGUGUUUUGAAUUCCAAGCUGUCUUCAAAAAAGGAAGAAAAAUCAAACAGGCCCAGCAAAGAUAUCAAAACAAAAGGGCAGCAAAAGCAACUAAAUGGAAUUUUAAGUGGCUACCAGCACAUGCUUCAUGAACAUGACUGGAGGCCAAGUAAUUUGUCUGGUCGUCCACGAUCAGCUGACUCAAGGUCCAACUAUGGUGUUGUUGAGAAGUUGCUGAAAAACUAUGAAAAACAGGUGCAGUCUGAAACUGAAUUUACUGAAGUCAGCUGCAAAAAAAUUGGUCAUUAUCCAGUAAUCCAGAUAGACCAAGGGAAGCAGGAGCAGCAGAAGAAUUCAGUAAGACACAUUGGACUAUAUACUAAGCAUAGAAAAGAGAAGCAGAAAUUUCCUGAGGUAUCUGUGGCAGCCAAGCAGUCAAAUGGGAAGGGGUUCUCUCGGCCAGCUCGCCCGGCAAACAGACGCUUACCUUCCAGAUGGGCCUCCAGGUCUCCGUCAGCACCACCAGCAGUGAGAAGAACACUUCUGAACGAACUCGCUUGAGGCAUUUCAGUGGGUCUAAACUUACAUGUGGAUUCAGAAAUGAUGUGAAAGUACCAUGCUUUUUAAAACACUCUUUUCCAUGUUCCCAACCAGAACCAGUUCUAUGCAACUCUACAUUGGUCAAUAAUAACCAUCUUUUUGACUUGCUGAACAAACCCUUUGGAUUCUUUGAUCAUUCUUACUGUCUUCAGUGUUUUAUCAGUUAGAUAAGGAUUCCUUUUUCCCUGAAUGUGUAUGUGUAUAUAUUUAUAUAUAUAUAUAUAUAUAUCAGCUCAGUAAUUUUUCUUUGAACUUCAUGCCACUGUUCAUCUCCUUAAUCUGUUUUUUAAUUUAAAUUUAGUGCUGUAUAUUCUGACUUUCCCCACAAAGAAUAGGAAGAAAUGCUGUGUGCAUGGUCAUGUCAUUUUAGGUGCAUGUGUUGAAAUAGCAAGAGCAUUUAGUGUAUAAGUAGAAGAGAUUAUUGCCAUACCAAUAUGCCUACAUAUAUUCAUGCAGUUCCCCAUGUUUGAGAUUUGUUUCAAGGUUUGAAAUAAAUAAACAAAUAAAUAAAUAAAUUCCUGCCAAUACCAAUACUUACA